CCUGGCGCCGUCGGGGACGGGGCGGGGCUGGCGGCGGGGGCGGGGACCCGGAGCAGGAAGAUGGCGGCGGCGCAGGAGGCGGACGGGGCCGGCAGCGCCGUGGUGGCGGCCGGGGGAGGCAGCUCUGGUCAGGUGACCAGCAAUGGCAGCAUUGGGAGGGACACGCCAGCAGAGACCCAGCCUCAGAACCCUCCACCCCAGCCAGCCCCCAAUGCCUGGCAGGUCAUCAAAGGCGUUCUGUUCAGGAUCUUCAUCAUCUGGGCCAUCAGCAGCUGGUUCCGCCGAGGGCCGUCCUCUCAGGACCAGUCGGGCCCUGGAGGGGCUCCACGCGUCGCCAGCCGAAACCUAUUCCCCAAAGACACUCUAAUGAACCUGCACGUGUACAUCUCAGAGCACGAGCACUUCACAGACUUCAAUGCCACCUCGGCUCUCUUCUGGGAGCAGCAUGACCUGGUGUAUGGUGACUGGACCAGUGGAGAGAACUCCGAUGGCUGCUAUGAGCACUUUGCAGAGCUUGACAUCCCACAGAGUGUACAGCAGAAUGGCUCCAUCUAUAUCCAUGUCUACUUCACCAAGAGUGGCUUCCACCCAGAUCCCCGGCAGAAGGCCCUGUACCGCCGGCUUGCCACUGUCCACAUGUCCCGGAUGAUCAACAAAUACAAGCGUAGGCGAUUUCAGAAAACCAAGAACUUACUGACAGGAGAGACAGAAGCUGACCCAGAAAUGAUCAAGAGGGCUGAGGACUAUGGCCCUGUAGAAGUAAUCUCGCACUGGCACCCCAACAUCACCAUCAACAUCGUGGAUGACCAUACACCAUGGGUGAAGGGCAGUGUGCCACCCCCACUGGACCAAUAUGUGAAGUUUGAUGCCGUGAGUGGUGACUACUACCCCAUCAUCUAUUUCAAUGACUACUGGAACCUGCAGAAGGAUUACUACCCUAUUAAUGAGAGCCUGGCCAGCCUACCACUGCGUGUCUCCUUCUGCCCGCUGUCACUAUGGCGCUGGCAACUCUAUGCUGCACAGAGUACCAAGUCACCCUGGAACUUCUUAGGUGACGAGUUGUAUGAGCAAUCUGAUGAGGAGCAGGAUUCAGUGAAGGUUGCUCUGCUGGAGACCAGCCCAUAUCUUCUGGCACUCACCAUCAUCGUCUCCAUUGUCCACAGUGUCUUCGAAUUCCUGGCUUUCAAAAAUGACAUUCAGUUCUGGAAUAGUCGUCAGUCCCUGGAGGGGCUGUCGGUGCGCUCCGUCUUCUUUGGCGUUUUCCAGUCCUUUGUGGUUCUUCUUUACAUCCUGGACAAUGAGACCAACUUCGUGGUACAGGUCAGCGUCUUCAUUGGGGUCCUUAUCGACCUCUGGAAGAUUACCAAGGUCAUGGACGUCCGGCUGGACCGGGAGCAUAGAGUGGCAGGAAUCUUCCCUUGCCCAACCUUCAAAGACAAGUCCACCUACAUUGAGUCUUCAACCAAAGUAUAUGAUGAUAUGGCGUUCCGGUACCUGUCAUGGAUCCUCUUUCCCCUGCUGGGCUGCUAUGCCGUCUACAGCCUCCUGUACCUGGAGCACAAGGGCUGGUACUCCUGGGUGCUCAGCAUGCUCUACGGCUUCCUGCUGACCUUUGGCUUCAUUACCAUGACACCGCAACUCUUCAUCAACUACAAGCUCAAGUCUGUGGCCCAUUUGCCCUGGCGAAUGCUCACCUACAAGGCCCUCAACACUUUCAUUGAUGACUUGUUCGCUUUUGUCAUCAAGAUGCCUGUUAUGUACCGGAUUGGCUGCCUGAGGGAUGAUGUGGUUUUCUUCAUCUACCUCUACCAACGGUGGAUCUACCGCGUCGACCCCACCCGUGUGAACGAGUUCGGUAUGAGUGGAGAGGAUGUCUCAGCAGCGGCAUCUAGGGCCCAGGCGUCUACUGCAGCAGGGCCUCUCACACCUGCACCCAGCACAGCUGUCACCGGAGAGGAUGCCUCAACAGUCCCAAAGGCCACUCCUGGGGCCUGCACUGCCAGUCAGUCCCAGGAAGCCCCUCCAAAGCCAGCAGAGGACAAGAAAAAGGAUUAGCCACUGCAGUCCUCAUCUGCUUCUGGUGACUGACCACCACCCACCACCUAGGCCCCUCCCUUACCCUCCUUGUCGCCCUCUUCCUGGACAGAUCAGGCCGGGGCGGCAGGAGGCCCCAGGGCCAGAGCCCAAUGUGUGAGAUGGGGCCGGGCAGGCCGGGGCUGGCUGUGUGUAUGUGGAGGCACCAUCCAUCGUCUUGUCUGUCUGUUCCUAUGUGUUUGCAGACAUCUCGCCCUGCCAGCCCAGCACCAUCGGGAAUCAUGGUGAAGCCAAUAUGGCGCCGAGGGUGGGCCAGGCGGGGAAGGGGCCAGGGCUCCUCUGUGGGAUGCCUGUGGUCCUCCAUCAUCUUGUCCCUUGUCCCCUGACCACUCUGCUCCCAGACCGCCACCCUUUAACACAGUUUGGAUUUAAUAAAUUCAUAUGGGUGUUUAACUUAAGCUCAACCA